AUGGCGUCUUCUCACUUCUUCCUGAUGCUAGACCACAUAGCCUCCUAUCAAUGCCAUGAAACAUCCACCACCCGCCGAACCGAAAUGGGCAAUAUCCUCGGCUCCCAGCGCGUCUUCUACGUCGGGUACGAGUACACCCGGAGCUCUGUACACGGCUCCAGCGAUGAUAUAAGCGACGGCUCACAGGAACGGGACUUGUCGGGAGGAUGGGGGGGUAAUGUGGUAGGGGUUAAGAGGAGGAAGGGCUGUAUAACCCGCGACCACUGGGCGCUCAAAUUCAGGCCCGGCAUCGACGCCUCGCAGUUACCACGGCGGAUCAAAGGGUUCCGAACAAAGAUCCCAAGCCGGUGCAAGGAGAAUUGUGGCUGA